CGCGCGGAGGUGAGCUUUGGAGUGCAUCUUCCUUGUGUUCUCCAGCCACAGUUCUACACCGUGACCUCCCUAUUCCCCACUUUGUGCCUGUCACACACACGCUCGCUCGGGACCCCAGCAUACCAUUGUUGAAGAAAAAUGAUGGAAGAAAGUGGAAUAGAGACAACACCGCCUGGGACUCCUCCACCGAAUCCUGCAGGACUGGCUGCUGCCACCAUGUCUUCUACCCCUGUUCCUAUAGCUGCAUCCAGUUCUUUUUCUUCUCCUAAUGUGUCUGUGGUGGACUCCUUGCCACCACAAGUCUAUCCUACUCCUCCACCAGCCCAUCCUCCAGUGCAGCCUGCAGCACCACUACCUUUUGUGCCUCCUGCACCAACUCCGUCGGUUCCACCACUUGGUACUUCUGGGCCACCUGCUGUUUCUCCAUCAAUUGCUGCUGCCUUCACCAGUCCUCCUUUAUCCCACUUUCCACCUUCAACUUCUGCCCCAAGUGCUCUCUUACCUGCACCCGCUUCUGGUCCUCCUAUAUCAGGAUUUUCUGUUGGUACAACUUAUGAUAUUACAAGGGGACAUGCAGGAAGAGCUCCCCAGACACCUCUGAUGCCCUCAUUUUCUGCACCUCCAGUAACAGGUAUUUUGCCAACUCCUAUUUCUCAGCAAGCUAGUCUGACAUCUCUGGCACCGGGAACUGGAACCACAUCAGCCAUCACUUUCCCAGAGGAACAAGAAGAUCCUAGAAUUAAUAGAGGUCAGGAUGAAGCAUCUGCUGGUGGAAUAUGGGGUUUUAUUAAGGGUGUGGCUGGAAAUCCUAUGGUGAAGUCUGUGCUUGAUAAGACAAAACAUUCAGUAGAAAGCAUGAUUACAACGCUGGACCCUGGCAUGGCUCCAUAUAUUAAAUCUGGAGGUGAGCUGGAUAUUGUGGUGACUUCAAAUAAAGAAGUAAAAGUGGCUGCUGUCAGAGAUGCCUUUCAGGAAGUCUUUGGUUUAGCUGUGGUUGUAGGGGAAGCUGGACAGUCUAAUAUUGCCCCACAACCAGUGGGCUAUGCAGCUGGAUUAAAAGGUGCCCAGGAACGUAUAGACAGUUUGCGACGAACUGGAGUGAUCCAUGAAAAGCAGACUGCUGUGUCUGUAGAACACUUCAUUGCAGAAUUGCUGCCUGACAAGUGGUUUGACAUUGGUUGUUUGAUAGUUGAAGACCCUGUCCAUGGCAUUCACCUAGAAGCUUUCACGCAAGCCACACCGGUGCCUUUGGAAUUUGUACAACAGGCUCAAAGCCUAACUCCCCAGGACUAUAAUCUGAGGUGGUCAGGCCUUUUGGUGACAGUGGGCGAAGUUCUGGAAAAAAGUUUACUGAAUGUCAGUCGGACUGAUUGGCACAUGGCUUUUACUGGCAUGUCUCGUCGACAGAUGAUCUACAGUGCUGCCAAAGCAAUUGCAGGCAUGUAUAAACAGCGCCUGCCCCUUAGGACCAUGUGAGGGAAGACCUGUCUAGGAUACUGAGACUUUCUUCACUUUUAGCUUGAUGUCGUUAUACCUUCUUGAAUAGCUUCAAUGAAUUUAACAGUUUUGUAAUUUUCCUGUAGGCUGUAAUUUUUUUUUUCUAGAGAGGCAUGUUAUCAUUCCAAUAGAAGAAAAAAAAUAGAUCCUUUUUAUAAUCAUAUAAUUAUACAUAUAGUUCUCAGAAAAAAUAUACAAGUAUAUUUAUAACACAGUUUAAUAUACCAAAUUUAUAUAGUGGAAAUUCAUGUGCAAAGACAUUUAAUUUAAAGAUGUGUACUUGAUUGUUUUGUUUUUAAAGAAGACAUAGUUAAUUAAGGAACAUGUCUAUUGAAUAUUCUUUAAAA